GUAUUCAACUCCAAGCUUCACAGCCAUGAAGACGCGGCAAAGGAUUAAGACGAUAAUGGCCACUAGACCAUGGCUGCUUCGCUGUGAGAGCAGAGACUCCAUCUCCCACUGCAGGCACAUAUGCAAUGGAGGUGGAGACUAUCGAGAUCUGCAAUGCACCGCAUGAUGCGAAUCCCUCACAAAUCGUCGAUCAAUUCAUGCGUUCUGUACCGAAAUUUACAAGUCUAUUGCUGGUGAUGCAAAUCGACUUCGAGACCACGGGUGCUGUGAGACUCAACUAUCAGGAUGCAGAAGCCAAAAGCAUUCCCUGCUCAUCUUCCAGCACACCUAAGACUGACACCUUUCACUUCAUCAUGUAUCAGUCGUUUGUGGCAAUAGCGUCCUGGAAGCUAUUAUCGAACUCUGUACGUUAUAUCACGUACGGCAUCCUUGGAGGGUUUACCUUGCCUGUCACGUCGACGUCUAUAUCAUCAUAUUGGCGUUCUCGACAACGUCAAAGCCUCUCGCAGGAGCAGUUCGAGUUUCAGCCAAUCGAGCUGAGAAGUGAUGAGGUGCUGUAUGGAGUUAUUGGAGCGAUAGGAAAUGAAAGUUUGAAUGUGUCGCAUCCAGGAAAUACCCCUUUGAUUCUCGGAAAAGCCGAGUUCGUGAACCCUGGAAGGAGUGUCAAGGACCGAGUUGCUCUGCUAAAUAAGUUAUUUGCGAAGCAAUUGACCUGGAUCUCAUUGCUUCGUGAUGUGUUCAAGCACUGUUGGAUCUACUGGUAUCUCAAUAGCAACGAUAGCGAAAGCAAGUCAAGUAACCCUAGUUCUGGUGCUGGAAU